AACAAAUAGAUAAUAAUGUUUGAGAAACAAAGGAAUACUGUAACAUGUAAAAAGAAAUGAAGAAAUAAGGCAUUUAUGUCUAUGGAUUGUAAUUGCAUACAUCAAGAGUAAAGACAUCGAUAUUGUGAUGUGAGUGAAAGGAAGUAUUUUGACAGAACAUUUAAUAAAUAAUGUAUCAUAGAAAUAUGUUGAUUUUUAAAUUCAAGCUUUAGGGGACACUGUUAUUUCUUCCUAAAGGUACUAGCCACACAACAUGACAGGAAAGAACCAAACCACUGUCUCAGAGUUCCUCCUCCUGGGCCUGCCCAUCCAGCCACAGCACAAAAACCUCUUCUACGUCCUGUUCCUGGCCAUGUACCUGACCACAGUCAUAGGGAACCUCCUCAUCAUCAUCCUCAUUCACCUGGACUCUCAUCUCCACACGCCCAUGUAUUUGUUUCUCAGCAACUUGUCCCUCUCUGACCUCUGCUUCUCCUCUGUCACAAUGCCCAAAUUGCUGCAGAUCAUGCAGAGCCAAGUCCCAUCCAUCUCGUACUCCGGCUGCCUGGCCCAAAUGUACUUCUUCCUGUUUUUUGGAGACCUGGAGAGCUUCCUCCUUGUGGCCAUGGCCUACGACCGCUAUGUGGCCAUCUGCUUCCCCCUGCACUACACCAGCAUCAUGAGCCCCAAGCUCUGCUUCUGCCUGGUGGCGCUGUCCUGGGUGCUGACCACGUUCCAUGCCCUGCUGCACACCCUGCUCAUGGCCAGGCUGUCUUUCUGUGCAGACAACAGGAUCCCCCACUUUUUCUGUGAUAUGUCUGCUCUUCUGAAGUUGGCCUGCUCUGACACCCAUGUCAAUGAGUUGGUGAUAUUUGUCAUGGGAGGCAUCAUUCUCGUCAUCCCUUUCCUACUCAUUAUCACAUCCUAUGCAAGGAUUGUGUCUUCCAUCAUCAAGGUUCCUUCUGCGCGGGGCAUCCGUAAGGCCUUCUCCACCUGUGGCUCCCACCUGUCUGUGGUGUCUUUGUUCUAUGGGACAGUUAUUGGUCUCUACCUAAUCCCAUCAGCCAAUAAUUCUACUGUGAAGGAGACUGUCAUGGUUAUGAUGUACACUGUGGUGACUCCCAUGCUGAACCCCUUCAUCUACAGCCUGAGGAACCAAGACAUGAAGGGAGCCCUGGGCAGAGUCAUUUGUAAAAAGAAAAUCAUCUUCUGCCCAUGAUGAU